GUAUCAACUGUCAACAUCAAUCGACAAGGAAAUUUUCUCUGCGUCCUUCUGGUCGAAGUUGUUUCAGUAGUGUGUAAAAGUGUCACUAUCUACAGAAAAUAGAACAAUCCGAACCUACCAAAGAUGAUUGGAAACCUGGCAAAGCUAUCGUACGUCCGCGGUGUCUCGCAGACCGUUGCCAGUGGUGUCAAGGCAGCAGCAGUGCCCGUCAAACUUGAACCCAAAACGGUAGUUGCAGGUCAGACCCCUAUUGUAGCCAGCUCGCCGAACUGCUCACUUCCACGAAACGUUGUCCGAGUUGUUACCGGAAUCGCAGCUACUGGACAAAUUCGACUGGCCCAUACUGACAUCCGAGUGCCAGAUUUCUCUGAAUACCGUCGUGAACAAGUGAAACGCCCCAAUGCUAAGAAUACUUCAGCUGAUGAGCGUGCUGCAUUCACCUACCUUAUGGUGGGAGGUGCUGCCGUGAGUACGGCUUACGUCGCAAAAGCGAUGGUGUCCACUUUUGUAUCAUCGAUGAGCGCUUCGGCCGAUGUGUUGGCUAUGGCUAAAAUCGAAAUCAAGCUGUCCGAUAUACCGGAGGGCAAGUCUGUUACCUUCAAAUGGCGUGGCAAGCCACUGUUCAUCCGUCACCGAACGGCUGCCGAAAUUGCUACCGAACAGGCGGUCGCCACGGCCACACUGCGCGAUCCUCAGACUGAUGGGGACCGCGUCAAGAAUCCAGAGUGGCUCGUGGUUCUGGGUGUUUGCACUCAUCUGGGUUGUGUCCCAAUCGCCAACGCCGGCGACUUCGGCGGCUACUAUUGUCCCUGUCAUGGCUCCCACUACGAUGCAUCUGGUCGGAUCCGGAAAGGCCCUGCCCCACUAAAUCUCGAGGUGCCCCCCUAUGAGUUCCCGGAGGACAAUCUCUUGCUUGUCGGUUAAUCGAUGGGUGUGUUAAUCGAGAGAAACUCUUAAAUCAAUGUUUGGAUGAACGAACACUAGUAGAACAAGAUCGAUUGUGAAUUAAAAUCAUAGUCGAAAAACACA